UUUAAUUUUGGGAAAAGAGAUUGUUCUAAGGGUUGAGCACUGACGGAAGAUGAACGUAGAAGAAACAAGACCAUGAUCAACCAAGGAAACAUUAGUUAUCACAGAAUUCCCAACCGAAACCGAUUUCAAUCAAUGCAAGGCUCGUUAGAGCAUUAGGAAUAUCUCAAGUACAGAGAUAUUCCCAAUGUAAGGCUGCAAAGACUGUUGGUGUUCGAACGGAUUUUCACGAUUGCAAAGCCCGUUCGAACAGCCAUUAUAGUCUUGUAUUGGAAUAUCUCCCCAUAAAAUAAAGCUCAGAAGUGGUUUGCACUCAAUAGAAUAGUGUAGUUUUCUUCCAGUUUCUUCUCGUUUCCACCCAAACUUGAAACUUCCACCAAACUGUAGAAAUGCUCGGACUUCUUUCUCCCAAAUUACCAUCCGUCUCCCAUCCAAGCCUUGCUGAUGCCAGGAAACCUCUAACUGAAACGCUACAGAAGCGCCCUUUACUCUCCUCCUCUAAAAGGGGUGCAAAACGCACGGACAUCUCACGGAACCCUUUCGAUUGGAAUACCAGGUUUAGAGCUUAUAUCGACAAGAACCAACAUGAAGAAGUUUUGCUUCUUUAUCUUUCCAUGGUUACUGGAGGCGUUCCUCCUGAUGAGUUUACCUUCCCUUUGGUUCUCAAGGCCUGUUCUGCUCUGGAGAAGAUCAGAGAAGGGAAACAACUUCAUGCUCAUGUUGUUAAAAAUGGAUUUUUGUUCUCCGAGAAUGUUUUUGUCCAAAAUUCUAUCUUGCACAUGUAUGCUAGCUGUGGGUGUCUAGAGAUUGCCAGGCUGGCGUUCGAGAAAAUGACGCAAAGGACGCUGGUUUCUUGGAAUUCAUUGAUAUCCGGGUAUUCAAGGUUUGGAGGUUAUGGGUUCCAAGCCAUUUUGCUUUUCGUCCUUAUGCUUAAACAGGGAUUUGUUCCGGAUGAAUUUUGUUUCACUGUUUUACUUAGAGCUUGUGUUUCGGCUCUCGCAGUUGAAGAAGCCAUACAGGUCCACUCACAUAUUAUUAAGCUCAGGUUUGAAUCCAAUGUACUAAUUCAGAAUAGUCUGAUGGAUAUGUAUGUCAAAUUCGGUUUGGUAGAGGCUGCACUUCUACUCUUCAAUAGAAUGACUAAGAAGGACCUGGUUUCUUGGAAUUCCAUGAUUACUGGCUUAAUUAGAUCUGGUGAUCUUGUUUCUGCUGAGGUUCUGUUUAAUCAAAUGGAUGUUAAAAAUGUGGUAUCAUGGAACACAAUGAUCUCGGGUUAUGUGCAAAAUGGCCAGUGCAAUGAAGCACUUGUGUUGUUUCGGAAAAUGCAGCUUGAGGGAGUGAACCCAAAUUCCAUCACCGUGGUCAGUGCACUCUCAGCUUGUUCUGAUGUUGGAGCAUUGAGUUUGGGGAAGUGGAUUCAUUCCUAUUGUAAGAGAAAAGGAUUAAUUGGUUCUAAUGAAAUUGUUAGUGCCGCUCUGGUUAACAUGUAUGCGAAAUGUGGGGAUAUUGAAACUGCCCAUCAAGUUUUUGAGAGUAUGGUUACAAGAGAUAUUGUUUCGUGGGAUGUUAUGAUUGAAGGAUUUGCAUUGCAUGGACGAGGUGAAGAUGCAUUAAAGCUUUUCAGGAACAUGAUAAGGGAAGGGGUGAAACCAGAUGAAAUUACACUCAUUGGAGUGCUGAACGCUUGUAGUCACGCAGGUUUAGUAGAGGAAGGUUUGAUGCAUUUUCAAAAAAUGUGGGUUAAGUUUGGGGUUGAUCCCAAUCUAGAACAUUUUACUUGUGUCGUGGAUCUUCUUGGCCGGGCAGGGAGGUUAGGUGAGGCACUUCAAGUUAUAAAAGGAAUGAAUAUUGCUCCAGAUGCUGUUGUAUGGAGUGUAUUGCUUAAUGCUUGUAGGAUCCAUGGUAAUGUGCACCUUGCAGAGUUUGUGGCAAAGAAGAUAAUGGAAUUAGAUCCAGAAAGCUCUUUAAAUUAUGUUCUUCUUUCAAACAUUUAUGCCAGUAACAACAAAUGGGAAGAUGCUAGCAAAGUAAGGAUGAUCAUGAAAUGUAAUGAUAUUGAAAAGGAACCGGGAUGUAGUCUAAUUGAGAUAGGGGGUUUGAUAAAUGAGUUUCUAGCAGGUGAUUCUUCUCACCCACAGUAUAAACAGAUUUUUCAGAAGUUGGAGGAGUUAAAAAAGAAGAUCAAAAUGGCUGGUUAUGUGCCAGACAUGGAUAUGGUUUUGCGAGAAAUCAGGGAUGAAGAGAAGGAGAGCGCUCUUUAUCUCCAUAGUGAGAAACUGGCUGUUGCACUUGGGCUUAUCAACUCUCCUCCAGGAAUCCCAAUCAGGAUAGUGAAGAAUUUACGCAUAUGCAGGGAUUGCCAUUCUGCAAUCAAGCUUAUUGCCCAGAUUGAAGGCAGAGAAAUUGUUGUGAGAGAUAGGAACCGUUUCCAUCAUUUUAAGGAAGGGAAAUGCUCAUGUAGGGACUAUUGGUGAGUUCUUAGAUUAUAUUCUGCACUUUAUCAUAAUGUUGAGUCUAAGUAAGAGAAGAUAUUCUGAAUGCAGUUGCUAUUCAGUGGGGUGAUCAAACAACCCAUUAUAGAAUGUUAUUUACAACUAGGAUACCAUUUGUUGAUCAUUUGUAUGCUUCUGGUAAGGAAUUGGAGAUAAUCAAUUAGAGGAAGAAACGACAUUCAAGGGUCAUAAUAAUGCCAGCAGGACUAACAACCAGAGUCUAGUUGGAUAAAUUUGGACUCAGAUUCACCAACUUGAUUAUGAGUAAUUAGCUUGGGAUUCAACAUGAUGAAUUGGACAAAUCAAUGACUUUCAUGCAAAAUUUAUACAAGAGAUUUGGUAUACAUCAUAAUACGGGUCUCUUAAUUUCAUUUAUAUGAGAUUCCGUUGAUUCAGAUAAAAGCAUACCAUGACAAAAAGUUCGAAAUGGUCAUCACAGUUAUAGAAAGUUCUUUUUGAGCUUCUUAAACUUGGCUUGUUGGAGGUGUUGUAUUUGGAUGACCUCUGUUCUCCAGCUUCUUGAGAAGUUGUUUCCAUGACACCACAACUUAUGUAUCAUUCUUCUUCCAUAUCUUGAAAGUUAGAAGUUCUUCAUUUGGAAAUUUUUGGGAAUUUUGAUGUGAAAUUAACUAUGCUUCUUUCAGUUCGUGAAGGUUCUUUUUCCCUUUGUACUCAAAGCAUGGGCGUGUUCAACAAAUGUAGCAUGCUAACUAAAUCUA